AUGUCUUCUCCCUGCUGGGGCUUUGGCAUAGAGUCUGACAUGGGGGCGUACUCGUUGACAAAGCGCUUUCUUGAUAGCAGCGCAGAGUCGACCGAGUUUGAUGACCAGGUUCUAAGGCAAACAGACUCUCUUGGUAACCCCCAGCAGGCCCUCCAUCAUAAUAGGAACAACCCCCCCCGGUGGAUGUUGUGGCCGACUACCUAUCUCAUGUGUUGA